AUGGGGUUCAAAAACAUAUAUGCCUAUAAUCUUGCCAUGCUUGGUAAGCAAGGAUGGAGAUUGUUUUCUAAUCCUCACUCUCUGAUUGCACAGUUGUAUAAAGCCAGGUAUCAUCCAACAUGUUCUUUUUGGGAAGCUGAAUUGGGAGACUCUCCAUCAUUCUCUUGGCGAAGCAUUCUCAGUGGGAGACCGGUGCUAAAGGCUGGGGUACAAUGGUACAUUGGCAAUGGAACUAACGUUAAUAUUUGGAAGGACAAGUGGAUUCCGAACUGCCAUCAGUUUUUGAUUCAGAAACCUCCAGGUUGUAUUUUUGAACUUGUCUCGGAUUUGAUUGAUCCCACUUCAAGACAGUGGAUCCCUGCUGCAGUUCACACGGCCUUCUCACCUGAAGUUGCUCAAAAGAAAAAAAAGGCUUUUACUCAGUUAAAACUGCUUAUUGGAUUGCUAGAGCUAGCCAAGGUACUAGAGCAUGUUCUCGCCUCUACUUCUCGUGGUGAUCCGUAUAAGGCAUUAUGGAAAACAAUUUGGAAUGCCAAAGUGCCAGAUACUUCCCAUAUUUUCUGCCAUUUCCCUACUGCUUCUGCUAUACUAAAUGCGCCUCCUUUCAACUUGAGAAGAAGCAUGCUGCCUAAUAUUGAGUUUAAGGAGUGGAUGCUUGAACAAGCACUGCAUCUCACGAAGGAGAGCUUUGCUAAACUGUUAAUGAUUCUGUGGGCCUUAUGGCAAAACAGAAAUAAUAUGCUGUGGAACAAUGUUCAGAAACCUGCAAAUGUGUUAGUCCUCAGCUCUUUUGCUUGGUUAGAAGACUUUACUAAGGCUCACAAGACUGACAAGCUUAGUCACCCAAAGCAGAAGAAGACUUGGACACCGGCUGCUGCAGGGCAAUGGAAGCUGAAUGUGGAUGGUAGUUUUCUUCCUAGCAGUCUGCAUGGGAGUGUGGGAGGUGUGUUGCGAGACGAGGCAGGAAACUUUAAAGCUGCCUUUGCCACCCCUAUACCAAAUGUGGCUGCUGCGAAACAAGUGGAACUCUAUGCGAUAAAAGAAGGACUGAAGUGGGUGUCAACACUUCAGAUCAGUAAUGUUGUGGUGGAAACAGAUUGUUUGGAAGCUGUCUUGAGUAUUGGCGAACAGCAAUAUACUCAGGUUCUUGAUGAAGCCAUUCUAGAUGAUAUUCGACAAGUCCUCCAGCAAAGAACUGAUGUUGUAGUACAACACACUCCUAGAGUUUGUAAUCGAGUUGCUCACUGUCUAGCAAACUCAGCAUAUGAAGCGAAUCAUGCUUUGGUUUGGCUCACACAACCUCCCGAUUUCAUUCUGGAGCUACUUACUGAUGAUUGUAAACAUUUGGGAUGA